CAGGCAGUAUUGAGAAAAGUUUUGAUGAGCUUUGUUCAAAACUCGAUGAAUGUAUCAAUUCAUUAAAAUUCCUUAAAAAUCAAAUUCGUGUUGAAGAAGUAGUUAAACAAUUCCAAGCCGAUCAAGUUGAUUUAAAUAAAUUUCUCGAAGAAAUGAAAAUUGAAAAAGAAAUUGGUGAUGUCAAGAAAAUUAGAGAAGAAGUUUCCUCAAUGGUGGUUAAAGUCAAUGCAAUGCAUAAUACAAUGGAAAGAUUAAUAAGCGGGAGAAUUAACUCUGUACAUGAUCAAGAGAAAAUCGAUAAAAUUUUCCGGGUUCAUAAAUUAAAUUUUACGGAUUAUAAAGAAACUCAUGUUGAACCGCGGCAGAGUGUGACUAAAUGGGUAGCUGUUAAAGAUCAAAGUCAAGAAUUUGCAUUCAAGAAUACCAAAACUUACUGA